AAUCGAGUUGCACGUAUCGAGUUACUUGCGAGCUCGCGGUUUGCUUUGUUUUUUUUUUUUGAAUCUGUUCGGAAACUGAUCGGUCGAGGUUUUAAUCACUUGUUAAUGGCCAUGGACAACGCGAACUCAACUUUUGACAAGUCGGAGUUCGACUGGGACGCCAUCAACGUGGGUGACUACCAGUUGGAUCACUCCCAGAACUUUUUCGCAGCACGCGCCAACAAGGAGAACAACAGGGGCCUCAGCAAUGUAAACCCCCUCCAGCUAUGCCCCACGCCGCAGAAGAUCUGCCGGGAACAGCGCGAUGGUGACUUCGGUGGCAAGCUGGUUUGUGCUGAGGAUCUCAUAAAGGAGUCCCCUAAAUACGUAAUAGAAGCGCCCAAAGAUGCGCCCACAAUCGAAUCCAAAUUGGAGCCCCAAGAUAUGCCAAAAGUCGAGCCCAAAGCAGAGCUCCCAGUUGAGUACGACCCAGAGCCACAGGAUGACGCCAAACCAAUUGUUCCGCUCAACUGGGGCACGAAUGGGGACGAUGAUGAGAAGCACAUGACGGAGGCCGACCAGCACUUGAUCCACCAGGAUGCCCGUCAUCCAGCCGUCGGGGGCAAGCUGCGUCUAGAGUGGUCGCCCCUAAGCCACCGCGAGCUCGAGGGAGCCGGCGCCUCUGCCGCAUCCGCCACAACUACCGCCCCCAAGGCAUACCAAUUCAAGGACGUGUAUGAGAGCAAGCGGCAGCAGUUGAUGCGCAGGCGCAGCGAGGAGGAAAGCAAGGCGCGCCAGUUCCACAGCCGACCCAUGCCCAACUUCAGGGCCAUGCACAAGCGCAUGGGCGAGCUGGCGGUCAUCCACAAAAUCACAAUUCCACGGACGCCCGAGACGCUUAAGCACAGCCAGAUGAACGCGGAGCGGCGUCGCGAGGACGACCAGGCGCGACUGCACGCAGUCGGCACCCGAUCCAAACCAUUCCAUCUGCGCAGCGAGCAGCGCGUGCGCGACCGGCGCGAGUUCGACGCCGCCGUGCAGGCCAGCCUGGAGCAGAAGAAGAAGGAGCAAGACGAACAACGGAAGCGAUGCGAGCAGGAGGAGAUCAAGGAGCUGCGCAAGAUGACGGCAUUCAAGGCUCGUCCAAAUCCAUUUAAAUAGUGCUCGACGGAACCAAUCGACUACCCACGUUUGAUAGCCCUGUCCAAAUUUGAAUGAUGUGAAGUCGAUGCUACACAUAAUCGUGUUUAUACCGAUGCAUAGUUUUACCAGAUUAACACAAUUUUUGUCUCUUAACAUUAACAUUACUUUUACGCAUAUAUCGUCGUUCCCGUUUUUGGCGGAUAAGAACCUCUAAAAUCGUAUGUUUGGCGGGAGGAUAAAACUAUAUGGAUAUGUAUACACAAGAGCAAUUUGCAAUUGCUGUCAUUAACUGUUUUCUAUUUGUACAAAGCCGAAAAAAACAAUAAAUUAAUACUGUAAAUUGAA